UGUUGUGUAUUCGUGAACCAAAUUCAGGAGGAGCCUGAAGCGCGGGUGGCUUGACUGGGUUUUGCGAGUCUCGGCUCUCUUGACCGCAGUAGACGAUAUAGACUACUCAAAUCGGUUAAUAAGGUUCGAGUUGUUAUAGUAAUAGCAGGCAGGUUAAACAAAUAUACAGAUUAUGAUAUAAUAGAUAUUAAUCGAAUGCAUCUCUGUCAUUUAUUUCCAAUGCAGAGUGUGGGACGUGGCUCCACCUAAAAUAAGACUCCUUAUGCAGAUUGGCCAGACCUGCCCUCUUCUAGAACCGGGUAGUUCAGCGCUCCGGCGAUUCUCAGUAGAUGACUCUCCGUGUCUUCGCACAUUGCACAAGAGGAGUAAACUGGCUAGUGUCCUCGUUAAAGACUGUCCUCCCGGGAUGUUCGACCUAACAAAGGAAUGGAAUCUGUCGUUCGCCGGCUGCGGGUUCCUGGGGAUCUAUCACAUCGGAGUGGCCAGCUGCCUGUUGGAACAAGCGCCCUACCUCAUCAAAGGUGCCACCAAGAUUUACGGGGCUUCAGCUGGUUCCCUCUCUGCCUCGAUGCUCGCCAGCCAAGCAUCCAUAGCUAAGUGCUGUGAGGAUGUGAUCGAGACAGUCAAGGAAGCCCGGAAGCGUAACCUGGGUCCCCUCCACCCCUCCUUCAACCCGGUCAAGAUCAUCAGGUCGGGCCUGGAGCGUGACCUGCCCGCCGACGCGCACACACUCGCCUCCGGGAGGCUGUGUGUGUCACUCACUCGCGUGUCUGAUGGACAAAACGUCAUCGUGUCCGAGUUCAAGUCCAAGGAGGAGCUCAUCCAGGCACUGCUGUGUAGCUGUUUCAUCCCCAUAUACUGUGGCCUGAUCCCUCCAUCCUUCCAAGGAGUGCGUUACGUGGAUGGGGGAAUCAGUGACAACCUUCCUCAGUCGGAGCUGAAGAACACCAUCAGCAUCUCUCCGUUUUCGGGCGAAAGUGACAUCUGUCCACGGGACACCUCCUUCAACUUCCACGAGCUUCGUCUCACCAAUACCUCCAUCCGGUUGAACCUGAGCAACAUGUACCGCCUCAGCAAGGCCUUGUUCCCCCCAGAACCCAAGGUCAUGGCAGAGAUAUGUCAGAGUGGCUACAAGGACGCCCUUCGCUUUCUUGAGGAGAACCACUUGCUGAAGCUGGAGUGUCCGACUGCCGGCCCCAACCCCAACCUAUCAGAAGCUGCCUGCUGCAAGCCCAUCGCCAUGGAAACAACAAAGAACUGGAUGUUCUGGCGGCUCCGCCUCCUGAGGAAGCAACACUGGUGGUUGGAUGAGCAGAUUGUUGAUAACCUGCCAACCCAAAUCAAAAAAGUGUUUUGUGAGGCGUGCCAGCAGAAGCCUGGUCUGUAUGCUCAGGUGUCUGAGAUGCUGCCGGUCAGAGUGGCCUCCUACAUGCUCCUGCCCUGCACACUACCUGUGGUAUCAGCCUACUCAGUGGGCAAGAGGUUUGUGGAGUGGAUCCCAGAGGUGCCUGCAGAUAUGCGUUGGCUAGCUGGGGUGGCUGGGGAUGUAGCUGGGAGCGUGUACAGACAGACCCGGAGAGGAGCACCAGCAGACAUAACCAGUGAUGGUUCCCUGAGGAAUUACAUGAGCCUGCCCCUACCCCUGGACAGUGACGGACCCAGGGAGAGAAACAGUCAUCUCUCCGGGUUCGCUCUCUCUGCUCUUGACCUCCAAAGCCAAUACUGGAACAUCCCCACCGCCUCCUCUUCCCACCGCUCCACCAGCCCCCACACGCCCAGCCCCUCCCCACGACAGAUCUGCUUCAGUGUUCAUUUUGGCACUCUUUUUUAGAUUCAUUCUAGUCUGGUAUUUGACUAAAAUAUCAUUAAAUCUUAGUCACAUUUUUGUGAUUUGAAUAAUGAUUUAGUCAUUGUUAAAAUGACAAAAACAGAGCCAUUUUAGUCAACUGAAUGCACUUUAAUUUGAGUCAUAUUUUAGUCACAUCACAUUUGUAUUGCCUCAUUAGCCACAAACCACAUUUCCAUCCAGAGUUUUUAUGGGAGUAAAGUCAAAUCAAAGAUUUGUAUAACUAACCCAAGAUGGACUAUAACUACUGAGAUGGUAGGCUAUUCAAGAAAUAAGUUGUUCUAUCUAACGUCCAAGCAGGAAAGCAUGAUUCCAGAUACAGUAUUUUGAUGUGCAACGUAAUCCAAAAAUUGUCAUGAAUUGCGAGUUGAUAUAUUUAUGAAUUGUGAGUUGUUAUAUUUUACUGUUAAAAUAGGGCUCCAGAAUUUUCUGAUAUUUUUUUGUUCAAUAGAGAUGAAUUUGCCUAUAUCGUUAUGUGCACAAAUAUCAUAGGCAAAUUUAUUUUGGGGCUUAUACACCACAUGAUAAAGUGAAAACUCAAAACACAUUAGCUAGAUCACUAAUACUAAAUAUAAUACCCACUGCUAGUAGCCAUGUAUUAAUCUAAAAGUAAAUGUAAUGUCCUUUUUUUGUUGCAGUUGUAGCCCUGCUACCCUAUGCAGUCGCAAUAGCGCAUUUCGCAGGCUUCGUAUCUUAAAGCCAUAUCUAAUAUUUUGAUUGUAAAAUAGUUGCUAUUUUUUUAUUUAACUAGGCAAGUCCGUUAAGAACAAAUUCUUAUUUACAAUGACGGCCUACACCGGCCAAACCCAGAUGACCAAUUGUGCGCCGCCCUACGGGACUCCCAAUCACUGCUAGUCGUGAUACAGCCUGGGUUUGAACCAGGGUGUCUGUAGUGAUGCCUCAACCACUGAGAUGUAGUGCCUUACACCGCUGUGCCACUCAGGAGCUCAGUUGAGCUGAAAAUGAUGGAAAUUACAAAUAUAAAGUAUACCCACAGAAAGCUGAGCACAGUAGGUGCUUCUAAAGCUAUGUAUUUCAUGCAAUUGGAUUUUGAAAUGUUAUAUUGAAAUGCUAUACAAUCAAGAAGCCUUUUUUCUCUCUCCCGGAGUGCACACUGUGGCUCCAGCGAAACAAGCCAAGGGACUGGGCAGAAACUUUCAUUGCAGGAAUCAUGAGGAUAAUGCACUUUACUGUUUGACCAAAUCAUGAUCUUAGCCACCCAAAAAAAUAGGACUUUUUUUUAAAUUAUUUUUUUUAAACUUUUGAGUGAGGUGAACAUGUCAUGAAUGUUCAGCUCGCACGGCACCCAAUACAAAUUUAACUCGCACAGCCAAGUCAAAGGGUUGCAAAACGCCAUUAAAUGGUUUCAGUCUAGAGCCUUGCCCCUUGACAUACUGUAGCUAUAUUGUAAUCAGUUGUGUCAUAAGUAGUGGUCUGAUACUGUAGGUUGCAGCAAACCACUUAGCACUAUCAAUCAGUUAUUAACCUAUUUGAGCAACAAAGGAGACUGGUGGGAGGAACUAUAGGAGGAUGGGCAUUUUUGUAAUGUCUGAAAUGGAAUAAAUGGAACAUAUCAAACAUAUGGAAGCCACAUGUACCAGCUAAAGUUCCCUCCCACGGGGCCUGUCUAUAGUGAAUAGGAACUGAAAGGUGGAUUCGGAUAGGCAAAAUAUGGUCAUGUGAUCAAAAAGCUUUGGGAUCCAGAACUGUUAGACACACUAUUGACUCAAUCAUGUCUUUUGAUCACUCCACCAAUCAUUUUUUAUUCUACAGUACACAUUGUAAAACAUUUAACCAGCUCACCA